GUGUGACGCCUCGGCAGGGGGCGCACGUGAUCCGUCUUGACGCUGCACACUGAAGACGCUGUAGAAGAAGAGUUAGGUUUGUAAACACAAGGAUAUGGCGGACGAGAGGGGUGGAGGUGAAGACAACGUUAACGACAUCAUGGGGAAUCAGUUACAGCUUUUACCAGACAAUGAGGACGAGGAGGAGGAGGAAGAUGACAUGGAGACUGAAGACCGAGACGGUGAGGAAGCAGAGAAGCCCACCAUGAUCACCUUUGACCCCAGUCUUCCCACAUCACACGCUUAUCUGGGUUCAGACAUGGAGGAGUUUCACGGCCGUACAGUCCACGAUGAGGACAGCUGUCAGACCAUCCCUGUGUUGCCACACACAGCUGUAAUGCUGGUGCCAGGUCAAACGCUGCCUCUGCAGCUCUUCCGGCCGCAGGAGGUCAGCAUGAUGCGGAGUGUCAUCCAGAGAGACCGCACCUUUGCUGUGCUUGCACACAGCAGUGAUGCAGGUGAGUCAGAGGCAGAGUUUGGGACAACAGCUGAAAUCUAUGCAUACCGAGAAGAGCAGGAAUAUGGCAUUGAAACUGUCAAAGUGAAAGCUGUAGGCAGGCAGAGAUUCAAGGUCCAUGAGAUAAGAACUCAAGCAGACGGGAUCAAACAAGCCAAAGUACAGAUCCUUCCAGAAAGAAUCCUUCCAGAUCCCCUCUCUGCCGUGCAGCUAGCACCCCUCUCCAGGCUCCACAUGCACCCCUCCUCCAAACCCUCGACUCAGAGCUGCAAACAGGCCCAACGCUGGUGGAAUAACUACCAGCAGAGGAAGUUUCACUGUGCCAGUCUCACGCCAUGGCCACCAUGGGUCUACGGACUCUACGACUCUGAGUCGCUCAUGAACAGAGUGAAGAAACAGCUCCAUGAAUGGGACGAGAAUCUGAAGGAUGACUCCCUCCCUAAGAAUGCCGUAGACUUCUCCUACAGAGUGGCGGCCUGUCUGCCCAUAGAUGACGCUCUGCGGCUCCAGCUGCUAAAGAUUGGCAGUGCCAUCCAGAGACUUCGCUGUGAGCUGGACAUCAUGGACCGGUGCACAUCACUGUGCUGUAAGCAGUGCCAGGACACAGAAAUCACCACAAAAAAUGAGAUCUUCAGCUUGUCUCUGUAUGGACCCAUGGCUGCAUACGUCAACCCUCACGGUUACGUCCAUGAAACUCUGACCGUCUACAAAGCCAACAACCUCAACCUGGUCGGCAGGCCUUCCACACUGCACAGCUGGUUUCCAGGGUACGCCUGGACAAUCGCGCAGUGUCGAGUCUGCGGGUCUCACAUGGGCUGGAAGUUCACAGCCACCAAGAAGGACUUGUCUCCACCUCGUUUUUGGGGUCUGACCCGCUCCGCCAUGCUCCCCCGUAUCCCCCAUGGCGAGGGGGUGGAGGGGAGAGAGGGCUCUCGCCUUUUCUGCAUGUGAUGUCAGACCAUCAGUUAGCGUAAAAAGAAAAGAAAAUCCUCACGAGCCUGGAUCUUUAUGCGCUUUCUGGCUGUGUUUAAUUUUAGUGAUCGAUGCAUCACACACCACCUGUCACCCUUUGCAGCAAAUCCAUCAUGUUAGUGGAAAGAUCCAGUAAAAUGUUACUCGAAGAGCAAAUUGGAACAGGGAGGAGGAAGCGAUAGUUCUCAAAGGUCCUUGAUGUGACGACUAAGUUCAUGGGAGAAAGAAAUAGAGAAUAACAAAUUGAUUAUUGUACAUUGUAGCAUGCUAGCAUGCAGCUAGCUGAUCUGCACAUCUGUCCAGCUGAUUCCUUGGUAGCUGCAGACACAUAAACACAGUUUUCCUUUGAACUCCUUUCCUUUGUAUGAUGAAUUUGACUGCAUGCAGGUGUGAUGGAGAUAUUAAUGGUCACCUUGUUAAACCAACCAGAAAAUAUUAAUUCACUUAGCAUUCAGAUCCUUUGGGGGUUUCUGAUGUCAGCUGCUGUAGGUCUUCAGAAGGAAUGAAAGUGAUAUUGUAUGUGUAGAUCUGUCUCUAGGGAAUAUUUUCAAUCUUGGGAGUUAAAUUUUAUGUAUUUUUGUAUACAAGAAUGUUGGAAAGUAAUUUACCUAUUCAUCAAUGUCUGCUUUCUAUUAUCACACCAGUUUUUUAUGCAAUGAACAAAAAUCUGAGGUGACAAUAAUUACAAUGUGUAAUAUGCUUGAUAUAAUCGCUGUCUGGUUUGUAUUCAACCAAGGCUCAUUGUGCUGUCAGAUGAUGUGCUUCAUGAAACAAGAAAGUGAAAAUUAGAGAUGUCUUCUUGGCGCCUAAUGGAGGACUGUUUUCUUUUUUCAAUUUUAAAGCUGAUUAACCCAGAAAGCGAGAAGAGCAUUUACCCGUCUUCAUUUAGUAUGUUCAUGUUGUGUGGCAUGUUUAAAUGGUGUGCCUACGCCCCAGCGCAGUGUCUUUUGAUACAUUUGAUGAACCGGUGAGCCACAGACGUGAAUAAAAGAUUGUAAAUGAGGAAGAGAUUCAGAUUUAAAUUUAAAAACCUUUUUGUUUUUUUAGUUUCUCAGUUUUUAGGAUUUGGGAUUUUUUUUGCAAGGUGCUGUCUCAUGUUUGUAUACAUGUUGCUGUAAAAUAAGAGGCAGAUAAAGCCUUUGUUAAACAUAACUGGUGUUCUGUUUGUA